AUGGAAAGCCGUUUUGAGCGCUCAGAGAGGAUCGCGAAGUCUUCGACGAAGACGCUUGCCGGGGAGCUGCAAGCGGCACCCGUGGAAGCAGCAGGGUGGUGGGGUUCUCGAGCCCAGCUGCCUCGUGAUUUCCUGCUGCGGCUGCGGGCCUUCUGCGCUGCCGACAGCGUGUCCAGAGCCAUCUUACUCGUUGGGGCCGACUUGCUCGGCGAGGAGGCGCUGGCACCGCUGCGGGCGGCCUUCCAGCGCCUGGACGGCUGGUCCCCCGAUGGCCUCCUCACCGAAGAGGAUUUGCGACACCGGCUUCCAAAAAUGGGCUGCAAGGAAGUUCCAAGAGACUUGGACCUUUUGCUGCUGGAGGCCGAUGGGGACGGGGUGGGACUGCUCGACUACACCACGUUUCUGGCCGUCGCCAUGGGACCCCAGGAGCUGCUCUCGAGCCCGCUGGGCCGGACGGUCUUCGCCCAGAUGGAUCGGGACGAGGACGGCGUCCUCUCUGUUGCCGAUCUGGCGGCCUUCCUGGGUCGAGUCGACAAGGACAUGGAGUCGUUGUCCAAAGCUGGGAUUGAGCAGCCGUUGACUUUCGAAGGCUUCGAGAUGCUCCUGAAAAACGUGGCGAAGCACCAGGAAGACCUCCAGCAGCCCGGGGCUGGGGCCGCCCGGCACGUGCUGUCCGAGUCGGCGCUGAAGCAGCUCGAGCUGGCCGUGGAAACUGUGGCAGGAGAGGCUUUUCCGGAGCGCGCCGAAGCCAUCAAGGCGAAGCGCCGCUUGGCAGAUGCCGCGCAUGCCAAGCGCGUGGCAGCUUCUGUGAAGGACCAGAAGCGCAGAAAGGAGAAAGUCAGGAGGCGAAGGAAAGUGGUGCCGCUCGAAGGCCAAGCUGAAGCAGACCAAACGGCGCUGAUGCAGGCAGACCCAGUCGCGAUGAGCCUCCUUGUCGAGGAUAGCAGUGAUGAGGGCGACUCCCCCUCCGCGGCUUCCGCGUCACAAGCGCAGUCGGAUGUGGGCUUUGCUGAGGCCUCCUCGAGUACAAGCGAGCCCCGAACCGAGCCUAUAUCGGUUGAGUCUGACUUCUUCCGAACUCGCCUUCGUGAAAGCGGACGGCUCACCAGGCUCACCAUUAGCUUGUAA